AUGCUUAUACUUAACACUGGCCCAUGUGACGAUUCAACUUUUAUUGAUAGUGUGGAAACAGUUAGAAGGCAAGCGGUUGAUGUUUCACUUCUUCUAGUUUAUUAUAACAAUAUGACACCCCCAGUUACAGAUAUUAACAAUAUUGAUCCUAACACUAAUCCAGAACUUGAUGUUAUUAAGAAACAUCACGGAGAAAUUAUCCAUGAGCCCAAUGGCUUUGUUAACAAGAUCUAUAGAAAAGAUAGCCAACUUAACAGGCGUACUGUCAAUACUUACAUUGAUAUGUGGAAGGAGGAUAAAAAAGAUUUAUCUAAUAAAGUGGAAACUGUUUCAAAAAGACGAUGGGGUGAAUCUUUUCAUUUUGCGCGUGCAUAUAAAGGUGAUACCUUUGAACAAUCCAUUAAACGUCAUGAGCAGUUUUUAUCUUUAAAACUUGGAUUGGGUCCAAAACAUAAAGCUAUCGAUGUAGGAUGUGGAGUUGGUGGUCCUCUUCGUGAAAUUGUUAGAUUGUCUGGUUCACAUGUUACUGGGAUCAACAAUAAUGGAUAUCAGAUUGAAAGAUGUAAAGCCUAUUCCAAGAAACUCGGUUUGGAGAAUCUAACUGAUUUUAUCAAAUGUGAUUUUACGAAUAUUCCAUGUGAGUUAGAUAAUAAAUUUGAUUCAGCCUAUGCAAUUGAAGCAACAGUUCAUGCACCAAAACUUGAAAUGGUUUAUGGUGAAAUAUUUCGUGCAUUGAAGCCUGGUGGUCUUUUUGCCAGUUAUGAAUGGGUAAUCACUGAUAAAUAUGAUGAAAAUAAUCCUGAGCAUAAGCAAGUUAUUCAUGGGAUUGAGAAAGGUAAUUCUGUUCCAGCUUUAGGUCCUUAUAGAAAAGUACUUGAAGCUGCAAAAAAUGUUGGUUUUGAAAUUCUUGAAUAUGAAGAUAUGGCUGUUUUGGAUGAUUCUCAUGAACCAUGGACUACUCAUAAAUUUGUUAUUAUUCUUGAAUCUUUACAUAUUGCACCACCAGGAUCAACUGAUGUUUCUCUCUUUCUUAAUAAUACUGCCACUGCUUUAGUUAGAGGAGGAGAACUUGAGAUUUUUUCUCCAAUGUUUUUUGUAUUAUUUAGAAAGCCUCAAUAA